CACAACAAACAAGAACAGAAACCAGACCAACAUUGGAAAUGGAACAGGAUUAAGAUGAAAGUUUAGGUUGAGGUAGAUAAUGGCUGGUGAGGUGUCAUGGAAUAAUUUACCAAGUGUAAUUUUGAACGAAGUUUUUUCAUAUCUUUCUCACAAUGACAAAGUUCGUGCGUCUUCGACAUGCAAAAACUGGCGACUUGCUUUGAGCCAUCCUAGAUGUUGGCGAAAAGUUCACUUUGUAAUAAAACCUUCAGACAAAUCAAAUAACAUAGAAAGAACAAGAUACCUAGUUGAUUUUGCAGCUAGAAAGUUACACCAUGCAAGUGUUACUUUUGAUUCAAUGGAUGUGGUCUGUGUUCAAGAAACUUCAAAUGUAGUGGAAAGUUUAUCUGAAAAUUCUAAUCUAAGAAGAUUAUUUUUUAAGCCUAGUAACUGUAGUUUAGUGUGCCCUGGAGAACAAGAUGAUUGGCCAAAAUAUGUUGAAAGACAUUUUGGGAAACCUCUGAUAUCUGCUGUAAAAAAGAGCCACCAUUUAGAAAUGCUUAGCCUUGGAUGUUUGGAGGAAUUGGUUUCCUCACAUGCCAAACCUCUUCUGGAGAAUAUUGCACAUAAACAUGCCAGUUCCAUUACUGUUCUCGGCUUGGCUUCUAUAAAAGACUAUCCAGAUGACUAUUUUAUCACGGAUCUGAAUAUUACUUUGUUGAAGCCACUAAAGCAUUUACAAAUUCUUAGCCUGGACUACUGCCAUGUCAAUGACAACCUACUGUACAUACUGAGUGAUUCCUGCAGACUGACCAGGCUAGUGGUCCAUGUUCAUGGGAUCAUGGAGGAGCAUCCUGGGACUACUGAAGCAGCUUGGACUACACUUACUCGCAACUUGCCUAACUGUGGGCUGCGACUGACUCUGAUUCACUCUUAUGACGGAGUAGAUGUUCUUCACUCUAAAAUUUUAAAGCGUGCCAUGCCCUUGACACAUCUGAAGGUUUUCUUUUGUGAAAAGCUAAACGUGGAGGCAGUAAACCAACUGAGCUUCUACUCAGAAACUCUCCGCUCUAUUUGGUGGGUAGAUUCCAUGUCGUGUCAAGGCAACACAACUCUCCUGCAGCGACUGGACAACGUCAAUCCCUUUAUCAUGUGCUGCUGGCGCUGUCACCACUUGGAGGAGCUCGUGUUUCUAGGUCACAAAUAUCAGUUCCUGGAUGUGUAUGCAGUAAUACGCUUGCGCGGCACGACACUACGCCACCUAUGCUUAGCAGCCGCAGACAUAGCAUUUCACCACCACCAGGAGUGUGUUCCUCAGUUGCUAGAAGAAUUGGAACAGGACACCAGUAACUGCUUGAAGAAGCCGUGGAGAGCACUGGUGGAACCCCAAAUGCAUUCUGUCAUCUGGAACUCUGAGGCAGGCGAUUCAGAUGAGUUUGUGCUUCCGAUUGUACUACAAGACAUCGAGCCGUAACUGCCACCAUACAGCAGCCACAUAAUAUACUUGUGUUAGCUCUGAGAAGGUAUUUUCAAAUUAUUAGCAGAUGGUUCAACUAUUACCACGUCACAAUGGAAAGAUGUAGAGAGAAGUUAUACGCAUAAGUAUUUUAGACGUUUUUUCCUUGGAAUUGUGAUUUUAACGUACUUUCAUCUUUAAAAUUUCACUUUUAAUAUUUAAAAUAGCCUUUUAUAAUUUAGAUUAUGUACCAUAGACUAGCUGUGAACACAUAUAGCACAAUGUUUUUGUAAAUUCCACUUCCUAAAGUGCUCUCAUUCUGUGAUACCUUAACCUACAUGUGCAACAACACAGUGUUGGAUUGAUGAUUCAAAAAUUUCUUUUGGAUAAGUGCUGUAUCAAUAGAUAGCAACAUUCUGUUUAGUUUUGAUGUUUAUAAUCUGUCUCUCAGAUUUUGAACCAAAUUAAGAUAAGGAAACAGAUAUUGUGAAAAAUUCAUCAUUGUGUUUGUAAAGUAGGCCUUUAAAUGUUAACAUACAUAAUUUCUAUAUAAAUUAAUUUUAUAUAAUAUUAAAAUUAUAUCAUUAACUUGACAACUAUUUUAAAUAAUAAUGAAUAAAACAAAUAUUGGGAAUGAAAUAUGCAUAGUACGCUUUAUUGUUAAUAAUUAAUUCAAAAUAAUAGGUUAUAAUUAUAUUUCCAGUUACAUAGUUAAUGUAAACUCCCUAAGCAUUGUAAGCUGUAUUCUGUAAGUGUAUAAAACUGUAAUGAUGCGUUGGGUUAAUCUUAAUCUAAUGAAGAAGUAAGUAAAUGAAUUGUUCAUACUACAAGUGUCAUCAACUCAUGGUGACCGUGACAUAAGAGUGGUCACCCUCUCUGAUCAAGAUUUAAUGUCUAAAGAUCUAAUGAGCAGGUGCAUAGGUGUAACCAGGAUUAAAUAAUUUGGAAAUUGACAUCAUUAUUUGAUCACUAUUAUGACUAUUUCAUGUGUUUUUCACUCAGUAUGUUACUUAGUUUUUACUAAUACUACUAUAGAUAUGUCUAUAUUUUCUUAUUUAUAUAAUGUGGUGGAAUGAAGGGUUUGAAAACCCUAAACCUUCCUGGUUAUACCUGUUGCCAAGAGUUAAAUUUCGAUGACUAACAACCUAAUAGUUGAUGACCAAGAGACUCAGAUGAGGAUUUAUCCUGAUGACUAUCACUGAACGUGGGGAUGUUAUAUAUACAAUGCUUAUGAUUAGUUUGCUAUUGGAUGCCAUAAGUUUAAAGGCCUGAUAAAUGAGGCAGGAUGUGAUGAAGAGACAACAAUGUUUCCAAGUCAUGAGCAUCGCUCAUAUUGCAAGUUCUGAUAUCACACUAUUUAAGAAUUCUCAAUGAUACUUUGUUUACUCGUGUGCUUGAGAUAGCCAACAAUUCCAUCUCUGUGAAAGGGAAUAGAGGCCAUAGGAUCAAUUAAAAUCGUAUUGGUUGUGAAGUAUCAAACAUAAUAUUUUCAGUACUGUAGUGUGUAAUUCCAUUGAUCAAUCACUUAAAUGAUGAAGAACACGUGUAACCUUUCUAGUCAGCAGUUUGCUUGCUUGUCUAGCACAAUAUAAGGAUUAACAACUUUCCUUAAGUCAUCAGACUUGAUUGGAAUUUUAUGAGGGUAUACACAAAGGUUCCUGGAAAGAUGUGAGGCUGUUGCUGGUAGUGCAAUGGGAUGAUUUUGUAAUCAUGUGCGUUUACUUGAUGUUUUGCAGUAAUACUUCUCGUCAUUAUUCUUAUAACAUGUGCAGGAAAAAGUCAUACCAUAUAACUUCAGUGGUCCUUAGUCAAUUUUCAAGCACAAAUGCAAAAUUAAUGUUUCAGCCUUCCUCAUUAAUGUUAAGUUGAUGGACAUCCAUACUGCUAUUUGUUAUUAAUUUACAAGGGAAAACUACAAUUGAAAUUUUUCUAUAGAACUUCCCAUGUUAGAGUAUUACAACAGUUUUAGUGUGUUUUUGCAGCAUGAAGAAAAUUUGUAAAGCAGCGUCUUGUUCACUUACAGCAUUAAUUGAUGUUUGUGAUCAAAUGUAAUGUCCUGAGAAGAAAACAGUGAUUAAACUACUCUUAUAAGUUGCGUGAAACUCUGAGAAGAGGUGCAUAUGAGUUCUGCACAGGCACUAUUUUGGAAUUUUUCGACAGGGAAAGUAAAUUUUAGAUGUGUACCACAUUUUAUGAUAAUGUCUCUGAAGAUCUACAGAGUAAUUAAUUUUUUGUCCAUAUUUUCUUAGGGACAGGAUAUUUUCUUGUUUAGAUUCUGCCCACUCUCAAAAACUAUUGGCAUGCACUGAGAACUUAAAAAGCAGAGUAGGAGGCAGUUAAAUGCAGUCCAUGGUAGACAAUAUAGUUAAUAUCAUGUUAUUCUUUAGACACAUUCUUUAGUAAUUGAAGAGUUAUUGAUUUAAACACAUAUUAAAAAUUAGUCUUUAACCAUUUAAAUUGUAAUAAAUCCUAUGUUUCUUUUCCUUUAGUUAUGAGAUAUAACACUUCAGCAUAACUAUUGACUUAAAUCAAAAUUUAUUGCUGAACUCAUUGCUAUGUCAGCCACUACUGUCUUCUGAUUAUUUCUGAUAACAGAACUAAACAUAUUGCUACGGCUAAAACUAGGUUAUAUACUAAAAAGAAGGUAACAACUCACCUUAGUUGGAAUUAUUACUUCAUUAAGAAGGGAGAAUGGUGAGCUGGGAAUCUGGCAUGGAGAAUGUUGAAGUAAAUUUAUGUUGCCACAACCCUCCCCAACAAAGUGUUAGAUUUUCUUCCCUACAAACAGAAAGAUGCCUCCAAUGAACUCCUUUAGGAUAUUCCUUUGUCUUAGACAUUCGCUAUUCUUUUUCCACCCCAUAGCUUUCCCCACUCUUCCUGGGGAACUUUAAUAGAUUUUGAAGGACAUGUCUAGCUCGCACUACAGAAGAGGAAUCCUGUUGAACUUUUGAUCAUUGAGAUUCAUAUAUACAUUAUUUUGUUUGCAGACAAUUGUCGAACAAUAACUGGUUAAUGUUUGUGUCUCACUUGCAUCAUCAAAAUUGAUCUCAUCAUCUGAAGCCUUUUAAUUUAAACUAAUGCAAGCCUAUACCUUCUGAGAUUUUCCCCAAAGUAUACAGCACCUGCAGGUUUGCUUAUGAAAUUCAGAAUUCCACAUCUCUAACAUCAUUUAACAAAUAUUUUAAUUGCUCAGAAGAUUCAGUAAAAGAUGCAAUUUUACCUAAGUGACAAGAUAUCUUCAAUCAAAAUUACAGUUAGUAACGUUUAAAAAAAUAUUAUAGUCGUUGGAAAAAUAUCACUCCCACCCCCAUCAUCAAAUUUCCCCAGUGUGUCUUAGGAUGUUUGAACUUAAAGUAGAUUUUCUAUUUUUGUUUCAAAAUCUCUUUCUUUUGCCUUCCCAAUACUGAAAAUAACAAAAAAACUCAAAGUUUUUAAAGAUUCCAGAUGUUUUUAAAAUGUUGAGAAUUUUAAAAUCGGAAAAAUAUUUUAAUUUAGGGCAGUUAAUAUAGUUGCCAUAUUUAAAACUCGGCAACUAUAAGAUUAUAUGUAUUCCAUAUUUAAAUAAAAGUUUACACUAAAACUAAUUUUCACAGUAAAGACUUGAAUGAGUGCCUGCAUGUGGAACCAAAUAUUUUGGAAAUAUUUUGUGUACAUGCAGAAAACAAAUAAAUUUAUUGAAAAUUUUUCAAUUUGUUUUUCAGUAUCAGUAGGGUAAAAUAAAUAGAUUUUGACAACAAAAUUGAAAAAUCUAUUUGAUAACCAAAUUUGUUACUGUGUGAAAACCCUCAUCUCCAAUUCCGUAUUGUGUUAAUGCAAAAGGACCAGAAGGAGUAACACUUUCAGAAGCAACAGGUCAUUAUUGGAAUUCAGUAAUCUGGAUAGGGAAAUGCUCCUAAUUUACCGUGUAGUCUGUAAUUUACAUUUUAGAGAAAUUUCUGUUCUUGCUCCUAGCACUUUGCCUUGGAAGCUUAUGGCCUCCGAUAGGGGUGUCGGGAGUGUGAAUCAAUUGGCUAAUGUCCCCUGAGAUUAUUGAUGGUCCCAAAUACUCAAACUUCAGAAAUAAUCAAAGGGGUUGACCUCAUUUACUUCCAUGCAGAUCUUUUCUAAUCUGUGAACAGAUUAAAAUCACAUACAAUCAAUAAAAACAGUUUGGGCACAUUAAUAAACUCCCUUAAUUCAUAAUCAUUGCUGUCUUUCCUUUGUAAUUGUUUCUGUAACCGUCAUAAAAAAAAGUUAUUGCCUUAUUUUACACAUUUCUAUGACUCAGGAAACAUUACAAUAACUCGUCUAAUAUUAAUGUCAUAUUAAUACUGUACUUCACUGGAAUUCGUAAAAAAAAAUUAGAUAGACAUUAUAGGAAUUUUAUGACUGUUUUAUUUGUCUAGUUCAACAUGUAUUCUUGAUACGGCAAUUAAUUACUAUGGCUAUACAAUUUAUUUGAUAGCGAAUUUUAGUUAGAAUUUAUUUGCUUCUGCAUAAACACAAACAUUAAAAAAAUCUCUCUUUUAUAGAUGAAUAUAUGUAUAUAUUGCAAAUGUCAUAAAAUCUUUUUAAUCAACUAAGACUUUCAUUACUUGUAUACUUAAUUAUGUAACAUUGAUUUACAUUGUUAUUCAUAAUUAUUGCUUUUAAAAUGUAGCUAGCUAUUAUAAUCAAUAUGUAGAAUUCUGUUAUGUUACUGUACCAAUGAUACAACUUAGUGGCCCCCCUACUGAUACUUGCUUGCUGCCCGGAUAUACACCCUCAAUUUUACACCUUUAUUAAUGAAGGCUAAAACCUUUAUUAUUUCAUUAUGCUUUAUGUUAUGUAAUAAAAAUAUACUUGUUUAUGGAAUUAUGAUGCAUUAAAAACCUUCUAGCCUUCAUUGUUUAAACCUUUGCUAAUAUUCAAUUUUCCUUGAUACAUAGUGAUUCUAACAUUGCAUUAUUUGUAAUCUCAAUAAUAAAUAGUAUAUUAAUAAAUUAAAAAUAAUUGUUUAUAUAUGUAAAUGUAAAAUAAUUGUUUGUAUAUCUCAUAUUUUAUACUUUUUGCUUUCCAGUGGAUUGUUUAUUGUUAUCACUAUAUAGGCAGAGUCUUUUGCUUUAGCAAAUACUAUUUUGUUAUUGUUUAGAAAAUAUAAAUUUAUUUUGAUACAUAUAUUCUUGUUGGUCUGUCAUUUAGUAAGUAAGAUUUAUUAAUGAGUUCCUGUAAGUAAUGUUUGAUGUUUGUCACUUGUAAACAGCUAUUUCCCAAUGUGUCAAAUGAUGUAUAUGUCUAGUCUUACCUACGUAGAACUGCAAUAUUGAAAUUAAAGAACAUAGCAUCGCAUUAUGAACUACACUGUAAACUCUAUUAUUUUCAUUAAAGCUAAGUUACUCUCUGAGAGUUACUUAAUGCACAGAAUAUCUUUACAGUAUUGAGGUUAUAUUUGUAUUUAUCUAUCAUUUCCAUGUUUGUUGCUAUUUUAGAAGAGAAGCAACAAAAGUAGAAUCAGGUUCCUGCUGGUCUAUACUUAUUCUGGCCAAGGAUUACCAUAGGUUUAAAACUAGUUGAUGGUUAAAAUUUAUUUAAUCUCAGGGUUGCUCAUAUUUGAUCCAUUGAUCAGGCCAGAGUUGUACCUGGUUUAAACCUGAUCUGGCCUAUAGUUGCUGUUGGUCUACACCUAGCCUGCCCCAGAGCUGUUGCUGGUUUAAAUUUAAUCUGAUCUAGGGUUGAUGUUGGUCUAUCCCUUAUCUGACCCAGAGCUUUUGUUGGUUUAAAUCUGAUCUAGGGUUGCAUUUGGUCUACACCUAGUCUAGGCCAGAGAUGUUGCUGGUUUAAAUUUAAUCUGAUCUAGGGUUGAUGUUGGUCUAUCCCUUGUCUGACCCAGAACUUUUGUUGGUUUAAAUUUAAUCCGAUCUAGGUUUAUUGUUGAUCUAUACCUAGUCUAGGCCAGAGCUGUUGCUGGUUUAAAUUUAAUCUGAUCUAGGGUUGAUGUUGGUCAUAAUAUAAGUAUCAACCACAUAUUUCCACCAGAUUUUCAGUUUGUAUUAAGUUCAAGCCAAGGCUUUUUGCUCAAAAUUUCUCCAUAGAUCUUUAGGCAAAAGUAGAAGACAGUGGAGGAGGACCAAGUGCUAUUCCCUCAUCUUAACAUUAAAUUUAAUCCUGUAACUAAAAAUAGUUAUAUUGAGUGAGUAGUUGCAGCAGUUCCAUAAUUACUCGCACAGGAAAGUUUAGUCCUUUUUUUUAAUGUUUGGUCUUCUUUGAGAGUGAGUUAAUGAUUCUGAGAGUUUCUAGAACGGGUACAGUUUACAUUGAUGAUUGACGAUUUUAACUUCUCUACAAUGCAGGUGUAAAACAAUUGUGAGAAUUGGAAAACAGAAUUUAAUGAACAUUAUUGUAGUAUCAGAACAGUAUUAUUUCCUGACCUCCCUAACACUAUUUCUACACGUUAUGUGUUUAUUUGUGUAAAACGUAAAAAAUUUACAAAAUAUCUUGAAAUAAGUUGAUAUUGACUUAUAUUUGAACAUUGACAAUUGAAAUUUUAAAUGUAUAUUUUUACAUUGUAAGGUGAUUAAUUAUAUGGAUUCAAAUACUAUACUGCAAGGAAUAGUAUGAAUCAACUUGAUAAGGUUUGAAUUUGAAGGUUGGAUUUUUUGUUUUUUGUCUGGAAGAGACUGCAACAAAGCUAGCACCUCUUCUUCCAAGGUAACUUAAUUGAAAUUUAGUGGCCGCUAUCACUUUUUGUGGUGGAUAUAGGAUGUAACAUGGGAUCUCGACAGGAGGUGGCCCCUACCACCACCCCUCAUUCUGAAUUUCCUGUCACUCUAUAAACAGCAGAAAUGUCCUUUUAGGACUAUGCAAUGAGACUAUGCCCUGCUUUUUAUCCUAAGGGAAUAGAAGGGAAUCAAUUAUUGAACCAGAAGUCACCAACAUAGGUUCUACUGUUUUCAUAUCCUCCAAGUUAUCAUUAUUAGGGUUUUUAAUAAUUCUUUUUGAACAUAUUUAAAAGUAAAAACUUAAAUCUGCAGUACUGAGAUUAUUUGCAAGUGGGUCUUUAAAGUUUUUUUUUUUUUUUUUAGGAGGAGGGGAGGGGAAUUAUGAAAAUUAUUGGAUCACUUAUUCUUCUAUCCAAAAUUGUACAAGAAGAAUUGAUCAGCACGGGAACCAUAUAUUUAGUGAAACAAGGCUGGUAGAAGUUUGGAUUUGAAACCAGGACUAGAGAGGUCUGUGAUUAAUUUGUCAUAUUUCAACAUUUACUUUACCUCUCAUUGUUUUCAUCAGUGUAGAUUCAGUUUAACAAUACAGGAAACUAUUAAGAGAGUAUUUAUAUUUUCAUUUUAUGAACUUAUUUCAUAGUUUUCUUAAUACAUCUCCAUAACUUUCUAGGAGACUCAGUGUUUACUGGCAGUCCUCUUUGCUCCAACAUCCACUGAAAUAAAUUUGUGUAGAUGUUCACAUUUUCUCAUUAAAUAUUAACUCUAUAUUUUCUUCUUACUUCUCAAGAUACAGUAAGUUCCUGUAAAGGAUCUGCUUUAUAUGAAUAGAAAGGCAUUUCUGAUUUUACUGACAAUAGCUGCAGGUUGUUUCUGACAAAUGGCUGUGAUUAUUCAUAAAAUUUUUCAUUGCACUUUUGAUUUCUAUUCAGACUACAUGCGUUUUGUGUAAGGGCCACAAUGAACGUAUCACAUUAUUCCACAUGUUUUGGAACAGUUUUCUUCAAGAUGUCAUUAUCUUCUUCACCAACGUCAAUUAUGUUCUUGAAAAUGUUUAUUUCUUUUUGUUGAGGGAUUGGUAUUUUUAAAACAAUGAAUUUACAAGCACAUGUAUGUUUAAAUCAUCAUGAACAAUGGUUAUUUGACUCUCUGUUCAGACAGUUUCUCCAACAUGAUCAAUAUUUACAUCAGUGGUGGAUGUUGAGAGUACCAACACCAAAGGUUAUGUCCAAUGUUUGGGUGAUUUCAUAAAACAAUUUACAAUGAGCAUCUCUAGAUCUUCAAAGGGUCAAAAAUGAGAAUUUGAAGCCAGUACACUGUCAUAAAGGCAAUAUUUUGAAUGUGUGACAAAUAAACACAACUUUAAAGGUUUCAAAAGCAGCAGUAAUGAAAAAAUAUCAGAUGGCUUAGCACCUGCACCAGCAUUGCUGCCAAUAGAAUGAAGAAAAUUUCUUUUAGCACAGGUAACAAUUCCAUGAACAUGAACCUAUCUUGUAUGAUCAUGUUAUUAAAUAUAUUAUGUUUAUCAGCUUUUUACCUGGUGGUAAGCAGUAGAAGAAGUGCUUGUUUUCUGGAUGUACUUUGAUUUAUUAGCUUUAACAAAAUGGAUUAUAUCUGUACUGUUUUCUGCUAUAUAUUUUAUUAUUCUAGAACUCUAGAAGUUACUGAUUUCUGAAUUAAUUGUAUAACUUGAUCAUGUCUGAAAGUGUACCUCCAUUUGCCUACACUUUUUACUCGAACUAACUGCUGUUCAGUGUUCAGUAUACUGGGUGUUUUUGCCAAGUUGUCUCCUUCAUAAAACUUUUAUCAUCUUGUCAAAUCUUUGAAUAGGAAGAGGAACAGAGGAAUUUGAGCAGAGAAGACCAUUUAUAAACUAUAGAAUAGUUAAUGCGCUGCACAAAACUCACCAAUACGAAUACAUUAUCAAUUGUAAUGCUUUAUAGCACAAAGGGAAUAGAACAUAAAUCAAGCAAAUCUCUGAAUGAGUUAAAGAUAACAACUAAUGAGCGGAGGGAAAUCGCAUUGUAUAAUCUUAAUAAUUCAUAAACAAAGAGCUUACUGGUACUUGACAGAUACUGUGUUUUAGUAUUGUAACUUGUAUCAGGGCAGGAUAUAUUGUAUUUGUUAAGUAAUGCUUAUUUUUACUAACAGAAUUUUCUUUAUGAUGUUUAAUAAUUAGUAAGUGAUUUAUUUUUAUAUAUAUGCAUUCAAUUGUUAUCAAAGAGAACCAUGCAAUAAAUAAAUAUGCCAAGACUGCUCGAAAACAUGGAAUCAAUUAGUUUAGUUGAUCAAACCGUAGAAUUUGUAGUGUAAAUGUUGUCUACUGGGGUUACAACACUAUCUCAAUAACUGCAGGCAGUCUAGGAUCAAUAUUGUUUAGUUCAUAUAUUCUGUACCAAUAAAUGUGGCUUGUAUUAAUGUGGUAAUUGUCCAUGCCUUUACUUUGUCCAAGCUGCGAAGAUGGCUAGAUAAUUAGGUAGCCCCAUUAAAAAUUACAAGAUCACCUAAUUCUUCACUACUUGGACAAGCAAAGUCAAAACAGAAAAGUGUCAAGGGUUGGUACCACUUUGUAGCCAAUCAAGAAAUUUAAAUCAUAAACUGUUGUGUAAUAAUGGGAUUGAUAUUUGGCUUUGAAAUGUUGAAAGUGGUUUAUUGCUUUGUACUGAAUUCUAUUGGUUGUUAAGUGUUAAUAGGGUGAAAAGCCCUGAUCUAAUGUAGUACUGUACUAUUCUUGUUAUGUAAUGACUACUUCUAUUUUACUAUUGUCUUAGUAUUUUGUUAUUAUUCAGAUUAUUUUAUAUAAUUGUGUUGGGGUGGAAUAUUGAUUGUAAUUUUAUUAUUUUAUAUUGACCUGCUACCUUGUGUACAACACUUAAUUUGUGCAUUUUAACUCAAUAAUCAGAUUAAUAUUUCUGAAAUUUAAGGUGAUUAUUUUGCUUUCUAAUUGCAUUAUUCAAAAUUUAAUACACAUUACGAGGAAUUUAUAGUAUCGUUGGUUAUAAAACUUACACAUUUUUAUUCAAUUAUUUAUUUAAACUGCAACAGUGUGUAAUUUCUGCCAGUAUUUUCAGAUUAUGUUCUUUUUUCGAACUAAUGAGUGAAGUACCAUAUUUUAAAAAUUAGCUCACACAAUUUAGCACAUUUUCACUAUUUUUAGUUUACUAUAGACCAAAUAAGGUUUUUCAAACUGUGUAAAAGAAAAUUUUGAUGUCAGUCCAUUAUGUAGUGAAUGUUAUGGUAGUUAAAUCUUUAUGCAUAUCCUUUGUUUAGCAAUAAAGAAGUUUAUUCAUUGUCUUGCAAACAUGUAUGCAAAGUAUGCAUUUAUCUGUAACAGAUGCAAUAUGAUUGGAAUAUGAUUCUAUUUAAAAUGACACUAAUGUAUACACCAGAAUUUGAAUAGAAACAGUAUAUGGUAGUGUUUGAUACAAGGUAGCAGCCAAUAUCACUGGGCCUAAGCGCUAACAUUGGAGUUUUUCUGCUCUGAUAUGAUGGUAGUACUAAAGCCCAGUGUUAAAGUGUGAGGCCGGUUUAAAGCAUUUUUGCUAUUGUUGACUUUAUCUGAACUCAGUAUUAUAUUGUGUAUAACCAAUGUACAUGUACGUAAUGUACAUGAUGAAUGUUGAGAGAGAAAGAGAGAGAAUGAUGAUAACAACUAAACCAAACAUCUGUGAUAUCAAGUAGUUUAAGUGAUUGUGUAUCUCUACGUCAUGGAUCACAGCACAUUAUGUUUUACCUUUAUCUGCAGCACAUCAUGUAGAAGAUAUUUUUACAAUAAGUCCAACUAUUUUGAAUACUCAAACUCAAUAUAUAAGUUUUGUUUUAAAACACAAUGUAUUCAACUAUUUGAACUAUCUCUUUGCUCAAAUUAGGUUCAGUAUAAUUAAAGCAAAGUUCUGAGACCAUAUUCAUAAAUUGUUUUAUUGCGCUUUAUUUAAUGUUCAUUCUUGAAUGAUUUGGUUUUAAAAAAGGGGUGUAAAACAGUUAAUUGCAGUAUGUGUCCAUGGCGUAGGGCUUCGGCACGGGUCAGCUGUAACAACAAAGUACCUGAACUAGCAACACCAUCCUAGGUUAGACAAGAUAUCACCAUCUCUCCACACUGGAUUGUAAUAUCUUAUUGUUAGAUUUGGCCUGAUAAAGUCACUAAAUAUAUGUUAUUUUUUCAUUUAUAAUA